GCUCUACGAACCUUAAACUUUAUGCUAUAAAAGAACAUGCAAAAACAAGAGAACACUUAAAAUCAUAUAAAAAAGAUGAAAUUAUGAGUGUGCCACCAGAACAUAUUAUAAGUUUAAUGAAAAUAAUAUAUUGUAUGGCGAAAGAAGAUCUUCCGUUAAAUAAAUUUAAGCAUCUUACUCAUCUUGGAC